GUAUCCCAGUAAUUUACCUAUAAACUUCCACCCAAGCACCUCCUAGCUAAGCUACUUCCCUCCCAUUUCUCCCCAUUUUCCAUCGUCCUUUCCCUUCCUAAAUACACUGCAUUUUCCCCCAGUUCCCUAUAUAUAUAACCCCUCCUCCAUACAUCAAUCAAGACAACCCUCCAACCACCCCACACACACACACACACACUCUCUCUCUCCCCUCUCUUUCUCUCUCUAAAACAUUGUCCUUCCACUUCUCAAUAGCCAAAGCACCACAGAAAAUUCCUGCCCAUCAUGGAGAAACUACCCAAAUGUGAAGCAAAUUAUGUCCCUCUCACUCCUAUUACCUUCCUCAAGAGAGCCUCUGCGGUCUACGCCGACCGCAGCUCCAUAAUCUAUGCCGGAACACGCUUCACGUGGCGGCAAACGUACGAGCGUUGCUGCCGCCUCGCAUCCUCCCUCCGGGCCUUGAAUAUAGUCAAGAACAACGUGAUAUCAGUGUUGGCUCCAAAUAUUCCAGCAAUGUAUGAGAUGCAUUUUGCAGUGCCCAUGGCAGGGGCAGUGUUGAACGCAAUCAACACAAGGCUUGAUGCUAGAAACAUAGCCACCAUUCUCCGCCACUCCGAGGCCAAGGUUUUCUUCGUGGACUACCAGUACGUGCCGCUAGCAAGCGAGGCUCUCCGGCUACUAAUGGCUGACUUGCAAGACUCCUCCGUGACAGCAGAGUCAUCCAUCCCGCUGGUCAUAGUCAUAGAUGACGUCGACACCCCCACCGGUGUCCGGCUUGGCGAGCUGGAAUACGAGCAGCUCGUCCUCUCCGGCAAUCCGGGGUACGUGGUGGGUGACAUUGAGGACGAGUGGGACCCGAUCGCCCUUAAUUACACGUCCGGGACGACAUCGGAGCCAAAGGGGGUUGUCUACAGCCACAGGGGUGCAUACCUAAGCACACUGAGUCUGAUCUUGGGUUGGGAAAUGGGGAGUGAGCCAGUGUACUUAUGGUCCCUACCCAUGUUCCAUUGCAAUGGGUGGACAUUCACUUGGGGAGUGGCGGCUCGAGGCGGCACCAACGUGUGCAUACGCAACACGACCGCGCACGAAAUGUUCAUGAACAUUGCACUUCACAAGGUGACACACAUGUGUUGUGCACCCAUAGUCUUUAACAUCCUAUUAGAGGCCAGGCCCCACGAGCGUGCGGACGUAACCUCCCCCGUCCAGAUACUCACCGGGGGAGCACCGCCCCCCGCUCCACUACUCGAAAAGAUCGAGCGCCUCGGAUUUCAUGUCGUGCACGCGUAUGGCCUGACCGAGGCGACGGGACCCGCCCUCGUGUGCGAGUGGCAGGCCAAGUGGAACCACCUACCUCAGGAGGACCGGGCAAAGCUGAAAGCUCGGCAGGGCGUCAGCAUACUGACACUGGCUGACGUUGAUGUGAAGGACUUGAAAACAAUGGCGAGCGUGCCACGUGACGGGAAAACAUUGGGGGAAAUCGUGCUCCGAGGUAGUAGCAUUAUGAAAGGGUACCUGAAAGAUGAAAAGACUACCUCGAAAUCAUUUCACCAAGGUUGGUUUGCCACCGGAGAUGUUGGGGUGAUCCACCCCGACGGAUACCUAGAAAUCAAAGACAGGUCCAAGGAUGUGAUCAUUUCUGGAGGCGAAAAUAUUAGCAGUGUAGAGUUGGAGUCCGUGUUAUACAGACACCCCCGAGUACUGGAGGCCGCGGUGGUGGCAAUGCCGCAUCCACGGUGGGGGGAGAGCCCUUGCGCUUUCGUCACCGCCAAAAAGAACUCUGCCGGAGCCACCAUAAACGUGACGGAAGACGAUAUCCUCGCCCAUUGCCGGAAAAACCUGCCCGGCUUCAUGGUGCCAAAGAAGGUGCAGUUUCUGGAGGAGUUGCCCAAGACUUCAACGGGCAAAAUUCAAAAAUUCCAAUUGAGGGCUUUGGCCAAAACUCUAGUGGUCUCGGAACAACCGUCGUUGUACAAGUCUCGGCCUCAUGAACAAAUUCUCGCUCUGUCUCGUCUUUGAAAUUAAGAAAAUUACAUAAACAAAUAUUAUCUAUAAAUAGUGGUUAUAAUAAGAUUGUACAGAGAUUAUCAGAGUAAUUAAGCAUUUUGGGGUAUGAAAGUGAUUUUGUUUUUGAGUACU